AUGAACGGCCGAGACUCCAACCAUGUUUCCUAUAAAACAGUCCCGAAAGACCCUCAUUGGCUGUUUGUUGGGCCUCAGUUUCACGCACUACAUCAUGUUCAUCCAGAUCGUUAUAUGAGCUCGGUGGUCAAGUUAUUUGACUGGGUAGCGGGGACUGCCUACUCUUUGCGAAACAAGAAUGUUGCCAUCACAGGAGGUUCAGGGGCGUUUGGAUCCGCGAUUAAACGGCGGCUACAGUGUGAAGAAGUCAGGAAUAUAUAUACAUUGAAAUUCGGCACCCACUGGACGCAUGAAAACUUCAGCCAUGUCGGACAAGCCUUGGACGAGGCAGAUAUCCUCAUCUUGGCCCACGGCACCAAAGGCAAGGACGCCAUGGAUGCGAAUUGCAACUCAACCGUCCGUCUUAUUCAACUUUACAUGGAGCGACGAGUCGGCCGAGAAGACCGCGAUAAGAUAAUUCCAGAGAUCUGGUAUGUGGGCAGCGAGAUUGAGCUGCAUCCUGCGUUUGGAAUCCCGGGCAUGCAACGAUAUUCUACCUCGAAACGGGCGUUUUUACCCUACGCCCGUGCCCUAUAUGACGAUCCGCGGAUAGUGUAUCGCCAUAUAGUCCCCGCUGCCUUCCAGUCACCGAUGGGCAAGGCUAUUGUUUCCCCGGAGUGGGCUGCGGGUGUAAUGAUGUGGUGGAUUCGUCGCGGAGCCCGUUAUGUCCCGGUCACUUACACGGGGAUUGCAUACCUGAACUUUUUCAAGUUCACUUAUUGGGUCCGUCCUGACUUGGACAAGGUAGCAGGGAUUAAUAAAGUGUACUGA